AUGGACGCGCGGCGUUUAUGGGCGGUGCUGUUAGUAGCGGCGGUAGUAGUCCCGGCGGCGCGCGGGGUGUGGCUGGACUUGCCGAGCACGGGGACGAAGUGUGUUUCGGAAGAAUUGCACAACAACGUCGUCGUUUUGGCUGAUUACUACGCCUUCAUCGGCGAGGAUUAUGACGUUAACAACACCGUCAUUCCUUCUAUUACCGUCAAGGUUACGUCACCGUACGGAAAUGACCUCUAUCAUCAGGAAAAAGUCUCACAUGGCCAGUUUGCGUUUACAACGACCGAGAUGGGAAACUAUGAGGCCUGCUUUUCAUUAGACAAUGAUCAUCAUGGUAAAAAGGUGACUGUUGGUAUCGAGUGGAAAACCGGGAUUGCUGCCAAGGAUUGGGACUCUGUUGCAAAGAAAGAAAAAAUCGAGGGGCUUGAGCUCGAGUUAAAAAAACUUGAAGAACAUGUGGAGGCAAUUCAUCAAAACCUAAAUUAUAUGAUAAAUAGGGAAGCCGAGAUGAGGGAGGUUAGUGAGAAGACAAAUGCUCGGGUCGCGUGGUACAGUUUAAUGUCCCUUGCUUUAUGCAUUGUGGUUUCAGUUACUCAGGUAUUUUACUUGAGGCGAUAUUUUCUGAAGAAGAAGCUCAUAUAG